UUUUAUAACCGACAGCCAGUACAGCCAGUCAGCCACCCAAGCGCGCACAGACGCACACAGAGUCGCGGGCACAAUGGUUCGGUUCGGACGCUUACGGCCAAUCGCCUCUCCAAUUAUAUCACGAUUUAUUUACAUUAUUUUUAUUAUCAAAAUUGUAGAUACUAGAGAAUAUGGAGUCCCAAUAGAAAUUAAAUUGUGGGACUCAAAACGUAGCCCAUUAGCCCACAUGGUAGACGUAACGAACGAAUUUGGUUUAAAAGUUCUUGCGGAACAUAAUUUUUUAAAUGACAAUAAUAUUGCAUUUUCUCCUUAUGGGUUAACGGGUAUUCUAGUUGCACUUUAUGAAGGUGUGAAUGGUGAAUCUUCGUAUCAAAUUCAACGAAGUAUGCAGUUGCCGUGGAACCGGAAUGUAAUGAGAAUUGGUUUUCGAGACAUUCAUCGUACCCUAAAAACCUAUUUUGUACCAGAAGAAGGUUUUCUAGCAGGACUUGCACUUAAUAAUGAAAAUGUCACUUUCAACGAAAGCUACAAAAAAAUUUUGAAAUUCUAUGGAUUUGAUUUAGACAAUGAGCAUCCGCCUGUUAACAAUUCAAAUACUAACACGGAGACCACUACUACAGACUCUAAUAGUUCAUCUGUUAACGGUGCGUCUACUACUGUGGAGAUGACAACUGAAACUGUAACAGGUCGUGAGGAACCUUUAACUUCCCAAAUUACAAGUGAUAAUAAAGAAGAAACAACAUUAAACCCAAACGCUGAAACUAUAAAUAAUUUGGACAACCGUGAUACUACUACAACCAUAUCCCCUAUUACUCAAAGUACGUCUUCAAUCAACUCAAUGGAAACAUAUCCGGCUAAUGAUGAAAUAACUCAAACAACAGAUCAGACAACCACACCUGUUACAAGCAUGGCUACAGCUUCGGUUGAAGUAUCUACUAGUGACGGGAUCACUGACGCUACUGAAUCGACUACAAAUAUUAUUACGGAUUCUAGUACAGAAUUGAUGACAUCUGGCAUGGAUACGACAACAAGUACAAUGGAUUCAUCCAUUACAAAUGUAGAUACUAUGACUAGUACACAGGUAACAGAACCAGAACCAUCACCUGCUUCCACAUUAGAAACAACAACUGAGUCAACUAUGUCAUCUCAGCUUUCCACGGAGACAAGUACAUUAGAGUCUACAACAUCCGCAUUAGAAACUCUCGAACGUAAAAAAAAGUCAAUUGGUGAUUUUAUGUUUACUAGGCCCCCUUAUACCGAUGAUUUCUUGGUGUAUAGAUCAUUUGAUGUAGGAAUUGAAUUGCCCGAGAAAAACGAGGAAGAUAACAAAAUGUUUUCAGUUAAUGGCCUAAGAAAUAUUCAGGUGACCUACAUGCAAUACGACUCUGUUUUGGAGCAUGCAUAUCUUCCGCACUUAGAGGCUUCAGCUCUUCGUCUGCCACUGGACAGCGAGCGUUACUAUUUACUCGUUAUUUUGCCUGCUCGAAAAGGAUCAGGAGAGCUAACGAGAUUGCUAGCUCGCAUGGCGAGGGAAUCUGAUCUAUCUGAUGUGUACGCUGCUUUACAUCCUCGCCGUGUAAGAGCUGUGGUGCCGAGCUUUAUUGUCAAAGGACAUAUAACACUCACGACGGACUUGCAGAAGUUAGGUAUACACGACGUAUUUGAGCCACGGCAACACGACUUCACCCCUAUGACUCCUCAGGCCGGUGUAUAUGUACGAAGCAUAGAACAGGCCGUUUCUGUUGCGAUACGAAAAUAUCAGCCUGACGUAAAGAACAGGUAUGUAACAAGUCGAAAUCCAGUGCUGUUUUCUGCGACACACCCAUUUUUGUAUUUUGUCAUGGAUUCAAGUAUUCACGUAGCAUUAAUGGCUGGCAAAAUGGUGGAUCCGCUAAAUACAAGAAUAUUAUAAAUAAUAUUGUUUUAUUAUUUUACUAAUUUGGCCCGAGGUUGAUCAACUGUACCUAUAUCGAAUUUAAGUUUUUUUAUUUUACACAAAUUAAAUUUAUUAAUCUACGAAAA